AUGGCGUUUUUCAUCACCACUGCAUCAGCCGCCACCUUCCUCCUCCUCCUACACCUCUGUGUCGGCUAUCCGAAAGGUUCUCCAGGUUGGCCACCAAUGUCGAAAUGCAACUUAAUUUACGAUCAUGAACUCAUGGCUUUUCCCUUGAAUCUGGAGUACUUGGAGGCUGAAUUUUUCUUAUGUGGUGCAUUCGGCUAUGGCCUUGACCACGAAGCUCGCCAAAUCGCCAUGAAUGGCCCACGGCCUAUCGGCUGCACUAAGGCCAACCUAGGCCAGUAUGUUCUCGACAAUAUCAAACAAAUGGCUUAUCAGGAAGUCGGACAUCUCAGGGCGAUACAAGGAACACUACAGAAUAAUACCGGCAAACCUGGAUUCCCAAGACCACAACUCGAUCUGAGUAGCAGCGUAUUUGCAAAUAUUAUGGACAAUGCGUUUGGGGAGACACUCGACCCCCCAUUCAACCCUUACCAGAACGAUAUAAACUAUCUUAUCGCGUCGUAUGCCAUCCCAUACGUCGGACUAACCGGAUACGUUGGGGCAUUGCCUUGCUUGUGGAACCCCACUUAUAGAAAGCUGGUCGGGGGUCUUUUGGCGGUGGAAUCAGGACAGGAUGCAGUGAUACGGGAAAUGUUGUACGAAAGAGCCGAUCAACUUGUAAAACCGUACAGAUUCAAGGUGUCAGAAUUUACAAGCAAGAUCUCGAGCCUCAGGGACAAUCUCGGAGGGCAGGGGGUGAAAGACGAGGGCAUAGUAGUUGAUAAGUCGCAAGGCGCCGAGGGCAAAAUUGCAGGGAAUGUGCUUGCUGGAAACGAGAAUUCAGUGGCAUACGACCGGACUCCAGAGGAGAUUUUGGCCAUCGUGUAUGGGUCGGGAGACGUGCAUAAGCCGGGUGGGUUCUUGCCCAAUGGAGGUGGUGGGGCGAUUGCCGAAUCCUACCUCCGCAAACAUUGA